UCGGCCUUCCUGGCGGCGGGGGGCGCGGCGGCGGCGGGCGGCGCGGCGGCGGCGGCGGGCGGGGGCGCGGCGCCCGUGUACCCGCUGCUGUGCCCGCCGGCGCUGGCCGACGGCGGCUUCGCGGGCGCCAACCCGUGCCUGGGCCACAUCGACUUCCAGGAGCUGCGCAUGAUGCUGCUGAGCGAGGCGGGCGCGCCCCCCGCCGCCGCCGCCGCCGAGAAGACGCCGGGCGCCGACGGCCCGGGCUCCGGCGCGGCGCGGCCCAAGGCGCCCGACGCCGCCGGCAAGGAGAACGCGGCCGCCGCCGAGGGCGCCUGCGAGGCGCGGGCCAAGUCGGCGGUGCGCGUCCGCCUGGAGGACCGCUUCAACAGCAUCCCCGCCGAGCCCCCGCCCGCGCCGCGCGGCGCCGAGCCCCCCGAGCCCGGCGUGGCGCUCAACAAUUUGGUGACUCUUAUUCGACAUCCAUCCGAGUUAAUGAACGUUCCUCUUCAUCAGCAACAAAACAAAUGCACAGCGUUAGUGAAAAAUAAGACUGCUGCCGCUGCCACUACUCUGCAGCUCACCUACCCCCUGUUCACUGCGAAUGCCUGCUCCUCUGGAGGGGGCUCCAGCCUCUCACAGACACAGAGUUCUAAUAACUCCUGUUCUAUACUUGAGGCUGCCAAACAUCAGGAUAUUGGAUUACCAAGAGCAUUUUCUUUCUGUUACCAACAAGAAAUUGAAUCCACGAAGCAGACUUUAGGUAGUAGAAAUAAAGCUUUGCCUGAGCAGGUUUGGAUUAAAGUGGGAGAAGAAGCGCUGUGCAAACAAGCGAUAAAUAAGAGGAAUCGGAGUAGGAUACGUCAGUUGGACACCAGUGUGGAGCGAAGAGCCCUCGGAGAGAUUCAGAACGUGGGUGAAGGUGCCGCCACCGCCCAGGGCGCCUGGCAGUCCGCAGAGUCAUCACAGUCCCACCUUGGAGAGCAGUCCCAGAGCGCCCCCGGCGGAAGGUCACAGCGCAGGGAAAGGCACAACCGCAUGGAGAGGGACAGAAGGCGCAGAAUCCGCAUUUGCUGUGAUGAGUUGAAUCUUUUGGUCCCGUUCUGCAACGCUGAGACAGAUAAGGCCACAACCCUGCAGUGGACCACUGCGUUCCUAAAGUACAUUCAGGAGCGCCACGGAGAUUCUCUGAAGAAGGAAUUUGAGAGUGUGUUUUGCGGUAAAACUGGCAGGAGGCUAAAGUUGACCAGACCUGACUCCCUGGCGACGUGUCCCGCGCAGGAAAGUCUGCAGAGCAGCCCUGCCAUGGAGAUCAAGUGAGCGGACUGGACACUGGUUCCGGGAAGCAUGCGGCCUCCGCCCGGCCAUGGGUGUGUCCAAGCCCUGGAGCUCUGCGCCAACCGUCAACUCGCAAGGGACGUGACUCAAGUUGGGACUCCAGUGGGGACUUUGAAAGCACAUUUUGUAAAAAUAUUAUCUAGAACAAAAUCUCAAACAAAGUAUUCGUCCAUUAAUGUCCUCUUAGACCAUCGGGAUGCAGACACAGUGACAAUUAGUAAUUUUCAAUUAUCUGUCUGAUUCCAUCAUGUUUUCUUAACAUGAUAACUUAAAAAAUUAACACCCUUUGUAAUUUCUUUAGUCUUACAAGGUACACUGCUUUUUACUUAUUUCCUUUACAUUUAAAAAUGCCCCCUUAGCAAUUGGAAAAGUCAAAAUGUUCUUCACUAGAAGUAGUUUGGAAAUUCAUUUCAUUUGUUUAUCGCCUCCCCUUGCAACGGCUUCCAGUCACGUGGACUGCAUUGCAGAAUUUUGCUAGGAAUUCCCAGAGACAUCCUUAAAGCUCCUUUGGUCCAUAGAGGCGAUGUCACUGCGGGCUGCUUGGUGACUUCGCUUUCACACUGAGAGUCAUUCCUUUUCAUGUAAUAAACUAUUGUUUGGAACUGA